UUCAUCAAACACAGCACAACUGGACUGUUCUAUGUGACGUCAUUAUUAUCCUUCAAUUGAGAAGGGUAUAUAACAAAGGAGAAAUACAAAAUACUUGAAAGUAUCAAAGGAAAAUAAAACUUUACAUUACCACCCACGGUCUUCGGCAACCAAAUGAAACAUUUUCCUUUUCGUUAGUCGUUGUGCUGUACAAGCAGCAUCAUAAAUAUUACUUUUCCAAUUAUUACCAACACAAUCUAUCAUCAUAAUUUGUGGAAUUUAUUACAUCGCAUUCAAGUGAUAUCAAUGAAACAAACAACAACUGUGAAUAUCGAGUUGUUGCAACAAAGGGGCACAGAGCGCAUUAUACCCUUUCAUUGAAUGUUUCCAUUGAAUGAAAAAUUUCAUUGCUCCUGUAUUUUCGCUGCCAUUCAGUGAAAGGUUAAUGCAAACGUGCAUCGAAGUUCUAGUUCAAUUUCAUUUUUGUUUUUUGUUGUAUUAAAAUUUUCCUUCGAAGAACGGAAAAAAAGGUUUCUGCAACAUUCGGUAUGACAAUAAGUGCGAGAUUAUUUGGAGGAACAGAAAAUGUUUUUCUGUGAUCCAACAAAAGACAUUAGUCUAACAAUUUUGCUUGUAAAUACAAUGAAGAACACACGAAAGUUAUUCUGACACCUGUGUUAUCUAUAUGUACAUCUCUAGAAUAGUGUGGUGUAAUUCAUAAAUAAAGAAUUUUUCCAAUAAAUUUUCAUUGUCAAAGCUAUUGACAAUUCAUUUGGCAUUAAAAAUUGAUUUUAUGGAUAAAAGAAUGUGGUUUGAGUUGCACGGUGUUUAAAUAAACAUUUUUCUCCUUUGUGUAUCAAAAUUUAAUGGUACGGACAGAUAACAGUCUCUGAGAGUGCACUAUGUCCUCAGCCAAGGUGUUUAUAUUUUUAAUACUUUUAAAUUGCGUGAACGGAAAUAAAUAUUGUGCAUUCGAGCAAGAUGGUGAAGCAAAGUAUUACGUAUGCCAGAUGCGUAAUGAGUAUUGCUGUCGAUUGGGAUGCUGUGUUAAUUUAGCAUUCCAGUUCUACCAAAUGUGGUACUACUGGCUUCUUUUAAUAUUCAUGUUCAUGCUAUGUUCUGGAGGUGGCUGGUGGUAUCGCUUUUGUCGACAACCAUCAAACGUAUCAUCCUAUACAAUGGCAACUGCGGCUGCACAACAUGUCCCUGAGCGACAAUAUCAGCGACGAACCACCCAUGAACAAAAUCAUCGUAGACAACGCUUAGUUCAAGCCAUGCAACAUUCUCGUGUUUUGAUGAACGACCCUUCCAUGAACGUUGUUUGGAAAAAUAUGACAAAUUCACCGCCGCCCAAUUAUUAUUCGUCGUCAAACACCUAUUAUCACGCCAACAAUUCACAGGCCGCUCCCAAUUAUCAUCCAUCCGUCCAACAAUUGCAAUGUCCGUAUUAUCAGCUUUAUGGCCCGCCACCCAGUUAUGAUUCAGUGGUGCAAAUCAGUAACAGUUCGGUGCAGCCCACUUGCGUGUUAGUUACCAGCACAAUUCCGUGUAGUUUUAUAACGCCGACAACUGCAAAUGCUGCAUUGAAUGAUGCUUCAAACAAUACUCCAUCGAGUUCUGCUGCUGACGGAACAGCCAGUUCAGCAAACGCAAUUUCCCAACCAAACGAUUUCGAACAACCGUCCACUUCCAGUAACAUUCCCAAUAAUGCUCCCAGCAUCGAACGAAGAUACGAAACGCGAAGAAAGUCCGGUACUGGGUCGGUUUGAUUGAAGUAAAGUUGACUGUAAUUAUAAGUCGUUCUUAAUCUAUCUAAAUAUUUACCUUCUCCAUAUCAAAAGGAAUAGUGGGAAAUUACGAGGCGGGUACUAAUCGAGAAAUUCGAUAUCCUCGCCACACGUUGUCCUACAUGUUUUUUUUAAUAUCUCGACGAAUUCUUUAAGUAUGAUGAAGGAUUUUUUUCUGUGAUCGAAUAGUGAAGAUUGGAGGUGCGCAAC